GCGGCGUGGCCCUGGGCCCUAUGGGGGACAGGUGUUCCGUGGGGGUGCCCCGCAGAUGAGAGUCACCCCAUCCCUGGAGCGGAGUGGGGUGUCUCUGCGGGACGAUGGCUUAACGGAGCCACGGAUGUGUCCUGGGGAGAUCCCUGCCAGUGUGCUCACUGCGAAGGAAAGCUGUAAAGGGGCUGGGGGGACAGGAGCGUGGGGUGGCACAGCUUUCUACUCACCCCUCCCGAACCAGCAUCCUGCAUCACCUCCCUGAGCUGAGCUCUGCUCCGUCCCAGUGCCCACCUGUGGAUCAGCACUGCCUUCCGUGAGCCCUUCCCAUCACCAGCAGCCUGCGUUGAUGGAGGAGGCUUUUAGCACAGCCAACCCCAGCCCAGAGCGGCCGCCCCGUGUCUGCUGGAGCAGCGGGCGCUGAACUUUAGACAUCUCCAAAGGCCAGUGCAGCCGUUUUACAGCUUGCCCUCGCUUUUCACCCCCGGGGACCAAUUUGCUGGGACGAUGAGAAUCCCGGUCUUUGAUCCGAACAAUGCGCAAAGGGGGAAAUGUCCCGAUGGCUUCAAACUCGCGCUGUGUCGGGCUGGGGUUUGGCACGGGAACAGCUCCUCUCUGUGCAGCUGAAUUCAUUGCUCUCCUGGGGAGGAGAGCCGGCAGCUGGAGGCCCCUCGCUCCCAGGAAUGCUCUCCCAAAGGCUCCUCUAACAGCCCCCCGAGGAUUUCUCAGGGCCAUCGUACCCCUCCAGACAAUCCUUUCUUCUCCUCCUGCCUUUCUUCUGGGGAGGACCCCUCUGGGACUGGCGGCAUUGUCACGGUGGUGCCAAUUAGGCUGAGCCGGCUUCCAAGAGGCUGCGCUGGCACCGUGCAGGAGCUGCUGUUGCUGAUCAAGGUUUCAUUGUUUGCCGCGCCGCGGGUCUGCUGGCUGGCCCUGGGCACCCUGCCCGGCUCCACGCGGUGUCACGGCGCGCGGCUCCGAGCUACGAUCCGCGGGUGUCACUGGGAGGGCUCCGGAGGGGAGGACGUGUCAAGCCCAAACCCAAGAGCUGAGAAAAACAGAGAAGCAUCAAAGUGGCCGGAGCUCCUGGAGGGGGGGAAAAUCUGGCAUCUUUGGCCGCCUGCCCCGCUUUGUGCCUGACAAUGGUCGAGAUCAACAGCUAAUGUGUUUUUAUUAACUGCUCCCGCAGCUCUGGCUGGGAGAACAUGGAUGCUCCGGUGAGGAUGUUCUCACUUGCCCCGUGGACGCCGACGCCGACCCCCUGGCUGGGAGGGAAUACAACCGCUGCUGCAGAGGCAAAGUGCGUCUUCAACGAGGAGUUCAAGUUCAUCCUGCUGCCCAUCUCCUACGGCAUCGUCUUCGUGGUGGGUCUGCCCCUCAACUCCUGGGCCAUGUGGAUUUUUGUCUCCAGGAUGAGGCCUUGGAAUGCCACCACUACUUACAUGUUCAACCUGGCUAUCUCUGACACACUCUAUGUCUUCUCCCUCCCAACCCUGGUCUACUAUUAUGCUGACCGCAACAACUGGCCCUUCGGGAAAGUGUUCUGCAAGAUCGUGCGCUUCCUUUUCUACGCCAACCUCUACAGCAGCAUCCUCUUCCUGACGUGCAUCAGUGUCCACCGCUACAUGGGCAUCUGCCACCCCAUCCGCUCCCUCAAGUGGGUGAAGACCAAACAUGCACGACUCAUCUGCGUGGGCGUCUGGCUGGUUGUCACCAUCUGCCUCAUCCCCAACCUCAUCUUCGUCACCACCAGCUCCAAGGACAACAGCACCCUUUGCCAUGACACCACCAAACCUGAGGAGUUCGACCACUACGUGCACUACAGCUCCUCCGUCAUGGCCCUCCUCUUCGGUAUUCCCUUCCUGGUGAUUGUUGUGUGCUACUGCCUGAUGGCCAAGAGGCUCUGCAAGCGCAGCUUCCCCAGCCCCAGCCCCCGCGUGCCCUCCUACAAGAAGCGCUCCAUCAAGAUGAUCAUCAUCGUGCUCACCGUCUUCGCCAUUUGCUUUGUGCCCUUCCACAUCACCCGGACCCUCUACUACACCUCUCGCUACUUCCAAGCUGAUUGUCAGACCCUCAACAUCAUCAACUUCACUUACAAGAUCACGCGACCCCUGGCCAGCAUCAACAGCUGCCUGGACCCCAUCCUGUACUUCAUGGCUGGGGACAAGUACCGGGGACGGCUGCGCCGGGGGGCAGCCCAGCGGCCCCGGCCUGUGCCCACUUCCCUGCUGGCUCUCGUGUCCCCCUCCGUGGACAGCAGUGUAGUUGGCAGUUGCUGCAACAGUGAGAGUCGAGGGAUGGGGACAGUGUGGAGCAGAGGUGGACAAUGAGAAGUGAAGAAGUGAGACAGCAUGGAAGCCCUCGUCCCACAAACCUGUCUGCUGAAGCACUGACCAUGGGUCUGAGGGAGGGUGACCAUGGGGUGCAUCCCAGGUCACUAAGAAAACAUUUGUCCCUCCCGAGGCAUGCACAGAGUGCUUGACCAUAGAGUGCAGUAAACGGACUGACAUUAGGGACAGUGGAGGAGCAGCUCUGUGUCAGGUGGUGACACGUGGGAACAACAGGAAUGGUCGUGGUCCUGACCAGGGACUCUACUGAGACUUUGUCACUCAGUCCAGUGCUGCCAGCACUGAGGUCUCCUGCUGCAGUGCCCGCACUGAACUCAGGGUGGGGACACUUGGGGGAUGGGCAUGGAGCUACAUUUCAGAGAUGUCCCCCAAAGCAUCCUGGGGGAGGUGAUGAGGGGCUGUGCUGCUAAUGGACCCCAAUAAAGCACCUUCCCCUUCUCCACA